UUUACAACAAAAACAAAAUCGACCUACAAAAAUUAGAUUUCACUAGUUUAGUUGGUAGGGGACGUGUGUCGUAUUUGUGUAGUAUGUGAAUAAUUCUGCUGCAAAAAUAAAUCGUAAAGAAACGCGAACAAACCGUUUUAUCUAAUCUGUAAACGAAGCAAAAAUUCAGUGACUAUUAUUGCUAUUAGUGAAGGAAACUUAAAUAAAAUAUUUUUAAAUAUGAAAAGUAUGCAAUUGGUAUAAGAAAAAAUUUUUACAUGUGAAUAAAAAAUAAGAUCGGCAGCAAUAAAUUUAUUUUUUCUGUAGUUUUUCAUCACCAUGAGUUCGAAAAAAGAGAAUCCGGAAUCGUCCUCUAGACGUUCUAGUUCGGGUAUCAAGAUAUUAAAUGAUGAAAAAAUAACUGCACUAGUACCUUUAAAAAUACCCGUGAUGACUUCGGUGCCCUUGUCGCCUCCCAAACAAAUCACCUUAUCUAUUGCCAAACCCAAAAAAGCUUUAAAACAAAAAAACAUGGAUCAUUAUGUGAUGAAGACGGUCAAAGGAGAGAAACAUACUGAUAACGGUUUAGAAGAAAGCGAAACCAUUGAUUUCAUAUUGGCGGAAAGUAAUGAAGACGAAGUAUCAAAGCGGAGUGAAGAAAUAACGGAAGAACUGCAUCUGAGUGAUGAUGACGAUCGUGAGUCGACAUUUACAGGUUCAACACACGAGAUUGUUGAACAUGUUUGCGGAAAAUGCUAUAAGACUUUUAGGCGAAUAAAGAGUCUCAAAAAACAUCUCGACUAUUGUCGAUUUGAUAGUGGUUAUCACAAUCGAAAAGCGGAAAUGUUAAAAAACUUGGAGAAAAUUGAAAAGGAUGCCAUUAUAAUGGAGAAUAAGGAUGUCUGUUUUUGUUGCGGUGAAAGUUAUGAUACAUUUCAUUUGGGCCAUAUUAGUUGCCCCGAUUGUCCUAAAUCGUUUAAAACCCAAAUGAGCUAUGAACGUCAUAUAUUUAUAACACAUUCGGAGUUCGAUGAUCAUCCCUGCAGUAUUUGUAAUGCUAAAUUGCGCAGUGCUAAUCUAUUGAAAUUACACGAAGAGCAACAUCGUAAUCGAGGAAAACCAUUUGCUUGCAAGCUUUGUGGCAAAGAUUUUACCCGUUCAUAUCAUUUGAGUCGCCAUCAGAAGUUUUCCUCCUGUUCGGCCAAUGAGAAUGAUACUAUGCAUUGUAAAGUCUGCAAUAAAGCAUUCUAUCGUUUGGAUAAUUUAAGAGCUCAUCUGAAGCAGCAUUUGGGUACUCAUCAAACCAAGAAAUCGGAAUACAUGUGUCCAAUAUGUAAAAAAUGUUUCUAUAGUUUGUCAACUUUAAAUAUUCACACGCGUACUCAUACGGGCGAAAGACCAUUCGAUUGUGAUUUAUGUGAGAAAAAGUUUCCAUCAUUGGUUGCUUUGAAGAAGCAUCGACGUUAUCACACCGGAGAAAAACCCUAUACCUGUUCAGUGUGUAAACAAUCGUUUGCAGUCAAGGAAGUAUUAAACCGUCAUAUGAAACGUCAUACGGGCGAAAGACCUCAUGUUUGCAGUGAAUGUGGUAAAAGUUUUAUACAAGGCACUCAACUUCGUACUCACAUAAAGAUCCAUUUAAGGCCCUACGAAUGUGAUCAAUGUCCAGAGAAAUAUAGAACUGAAAAGCAAUUAGAGAGGCAUACGAAAGAGCAUGGUGCAACAAACCGAAGAGGGCGUACACGAAUGGUGUAUAAAUGUCUGAUAUGUAAGAAGGGCUUUAAAGCUGAACUGGAGUUUAACAAUCACAUGCAGAUGGGAACUCAUAUAACUCCUGCUCAAAGGCGUAAAAUAAAAAAUCGUACUGAUUGUGCAGUUUGCAAAGAAAAUUUCGAUUCUGUACAAAGUCUUCAAUUUCAUAUACUCAAAGUUCACCAAGAAGAUCCCGAGACGUUUAUCAAUGAAGACCCCUUCGGAACUCCCACGCGAGCUAGGGACAUUGAUUCAAUGUUAAUGCCAGCUCCUAAAGUUAUAAAAAUUGAGGAUGCACAGGGUCAGCGCAUAGAAUUUGUUACCACCAACAGUGAGGGUAAAAUUUUAAAUACCAACAUUCAGGGACUGAAUCAGCAGCAAAUCUUAAGUCCAGACGGCAAAACAGAAGAUUCGAAUAAAGUACGCAUUUUGGAGCAAUAUGUAAUCGACGAUAGUCCUUCAACAUCAGCAAGUGCUGGUGGCAAACGUACUAUAUUCUUGACAAGUGAUACUUAUACUGUUAUACCGCUAGAAUCGGACGGAGGCAUUAUAGAACCCAUUACUACAAACACUUUGCCAAGUAAUAUUAUAAGUCCUGAAUGCAAAAAGGAACAACGAAGGACUUUGGCUGAAAGUUUGGCAGCUGCUAUUGCCGACGAUGAUGAGAAUGAAUUGCAUACCAUCAAUGAAGAGGAAUCACAAUAUUCCGAAGAAGAGUUAAAACUUAAAGAUAAUGUUAGUAAACUACUGGAUAUGUUGGUGGAUAGUUUUACACUUAAGAAAUUUGGUUGGCCAGAGAUUUCGGAAGAAACCGUGCUUUGCAAAGUUAUUGAGAAUUGCGGUCAUGACUUAUCGAAAGAUCAAUAUAACUUUACUGCUUGGGAUUAUGCCAGUCGCAUGCGUGAAUAUGUUAAAUUACUAUUCACAGUUGUAAUACACAACGAUUCCAUUAAGGAAUUAUUGAAUAACUAUCCCAUUGACGAAGUUAUUGAAUAUGUUUUGGGCAAUGACGAUGACGAGGAUGAUGACGAUGAGGAGGGCGACAGUAAAGACAAAGCAGAUGAUAAAACUGUUUUAGAAACCAUCAAACGAGAAAGCGAAGAUUAGAUGUCUAUUCCUAUUCAAACUGGACAAUAUUUAGUGUUAAUUUUUUUCUUAAUUGUUUUAUUUUUUUUUCAACUGCAACCCAAAAAAUAUUGUAAAGUAUUUUUUACAACUUUUUAUUAAUGUUGAACCACAAUGCCUUAUUAUUAACAAAAACUAAUGUAUACAGAAUUUAUACAAAUGUAAAAAUUAAAAUUUAAAUUUAACUAAUUAAUUAAUUAACCCAACAUACAUAUUUUUUUAAAAUGUUUUUGAAAAACAAAAUUUCUAAAUAAAUUAUAACUAAAAUCAUAA